AUGAACUCAAUUGCCAUUUACUGGCUUGCAUCUUCGUCAGAGUACAGGACAGUCGGUAAUCUCUUUGGUGUUGGGAAGGCUACUGUGUGUGUUUGUGUCCAUCAGGUGUGUGAGGCAAUUUUGAAAGUCCUAUUGGAUGAGUAUGUUAAAUUCCCUGAGGGGGAAGCCCUGAAGGAUGUGAUAAAAGGAUAUGAGGAAAGAUGGGAUUUUCCUAACUGUGCAGGGUCCAUUGAUGGUAGUCACAUUCCCAUCAUCGCCCCCAAACAGUCACAUGGCGAUUACUUGAACAGGAAGGGUUUUUAUUCACUGAUCCUACAGGGAGUUUGUGACCAUCGAUACAUGUUUACAGACAUUAACAUUGGGUGGUCAGGUCGGGUCCAGGAUGCCCGCGUUUUUGCCAAAUCCGAUAUUUACAUUCAAGGUGAUAAUGGCAUUCUUUUCCCCACAUGGAACAAGAAGGUUGGUGAUUCCAAUAUGCCAGUGGUACUACUUGGUGAUGCGGCCUACCCAUUAAAGACUUGGCUUUUAAAGCCUUUCUCCAACAUAGCCAAUCUAACUCCUGCUCAAGCCACAUUCAACUAUCGCCUUAGCAGGGCAAGGAUGACGACAGAGAAUGCCUUCGGUCGUUUGAAGGGACGCUGGAGAUGCUUACAAAAGCAAUUGGACAUCGAUGUGGAGUUUGCUUGCACAGUGAUUGGUUGUUGCAUUGUCUUGCAUAACAUAUGUGAGAGUGUCAAUGAAACCUACAGGGAUGAGUGGAAUGAAGACACAGAUGAUGACACAGAUGAUGAACAAGUGGGCGUACAGGAUGGAGGUGACGAAUCUGUCCGUUGUGCAAAGACCCUUAGGGAUGAUAUUGCACAGGCUUUCAUGAACAACGACCUUUGA